AUGGCUACCCCCAGUGUCCUUAUCUUUGAUGCUGAGGGUCGUGCUGUUGACUUUGAGGUCUGGGUCGAUGACCUCCAGCUGUUCCUACAGUGCGAUAGGGCAGACGGACACUCUCUGUUCGAUCUCACCUCUGGUGUCUCUCCUGCCCCGCCUGCUACUGCUGACAGCACUGUUCGCUCGCAGUGGGCCACACGCGAUGCUGCUGCCCGCCUUGCUGUGCGUCGCCACUUACCGACCACUGAGCGUGCGCACUUUAGCCAGUACAAGAGUGCUAAGACCUUGUACGACGCUGUAGUUGCACGCUACUCCUCCCCUGCCACUACUGUGCUUAGCCGCCACAUGCUGUCGUACCUUUUCCCUGACCUUGCUGCCUUUCCCACAGUCGCUGACCUCAUUACGCACCUUCGCACUAGUAACACUCGCUACCGCGCUGCGCUUCCUGCUGAGUUCUGCGCCAAGAACCCCCCCCCCAUGUACAUCACCCUCUACUACAUAGUCACCCGCCUCCGUGACUCCCUUCGCUUAGUCAGGCACCACUUCCUCUCAGUUUGCCCCACCACACUCACCAUUGACCUCCUCGAGGAGCGCCUCCUAGCAGCAGAGAAGAGCAUAGUCACUGUAGGAGCCUCUUGUGGUGACCCUCGCACCCCCGUCUUUGAGGGGUGUUCCCCCUCCCCCCUCUUGCCCUUUGUUGCUUCUACUGCUGCGGCCAACCUCGUUGGUUUCGAGUCGGUCGGCGCUGCAUCUGCCCCUAGCGGGAGACGCCGCACCGGCAAGGGCAAGGGGGGCAAGGGCGCUGGAGGGGCUGGCGGGGGCCGUGGAGGUGGUGGUGGAGGCAGUGGGGGGGGUGGGGGUGGUGGUGGGAGUGGUGGCGGGGUUGGAGGUGUCGGUGGCAGCAGUGGAGGCGGCGGAGGCGGCGGCGGUGGCGGAGGGAGCGGAGGUGGAGGAGGUGGCGGAGGCGGCGGAGGUGGCGGAGGCGGCGGCAACAGCGGUGGAGCUGGUCGCGGCUUUGCGCAGAGGAGUGGUUAG